UGUCUACUAUGAAAAAGUGGAGACAACCAGUGGCUUCCUCAGUCCUAGAGCUUGGUGGAAUCAGAAUUGCUAAAGAUGAUGUGGUGAGGGAUGAUCCAACAAACAGUGUUCCGGACACUAUUUUUUCAAAACAUGGAAUGCAGCUCCAUAGAAGGAAUAACCAGUCUCUUGGGAUUCUGAAGAAUGGAAUGAUAUAUGAGUCUUUUGAUAUUAAUUACUCAAACAUUUUUUAUAAGUUUGGUGAUCUCUGCCCAAUUGUUUCAGUAAAACAGGUACAAUGUUUGUCCACUAUUGCCGUUAUUUUCUUUUCCUCCUUUAUGUUCAUCUGAAUUGGCAAAUAUUAUUGGAUAGCAAAGGAACAGGUUUUGAGUUUAAAUAUUUUUGUGAAAUUAAUCUUAUGCUCUGUUUUAGAAUAAUUGUAUCUGAAUUUCUAUCUGCAUGGACUUUCGUAGAUCACCAAAGGUUGUGUUUUAACUUAGAAUUGCAUAUGUUACCAUGUAGGCUUGAACCUCAGUGUGUGAGUGUGUGUGGUUUAGUGAGUGCAAUGGAGAGAAUAGUUUUGAUCAAAUAUUGAGGCUAUAGACAUUUCUCCCUCCCUACAUAUGGCCCUUAAAGCAUGUUGUUGUUCCAAAAUAUAUGGGCUCUCUAGUCAACUUCUUAAAUUGACCAUGUGUUUUUGAAUAUCAUUCAAUCUCUCCAAUCCAAAAAGGCUUGUACAUUUCUGCAGAGCAGUUUUUGAGCUCUGCAAGCAGUAUGACCAGCCAAUAAAAUGUUAUUUUUC